AUGUGAUGUAUGUUUUUGUUUACAUUAUGCAACUAGUGCUAUGUUAACCUUAACCUCUAUAAGUCAAACGUUUCAAACAAAUUUAUUAAGAAAUUUAUGUAUAAUAAAUAAAUUGCUGAUUUCAGCAUGCUGGUCGGGGGCCACGGAGAGCCGAACCCCAACACCACGUGGCUGAGGAGUCGCGGCUUCUGGCUGAGCUAUGUCCUCGGCAUGCUCACGCUGCACCUGAUCCUGCUCUGCGUCCCGCCGUUCAGCGUUGCGACGGCCUGGACCCUCACCAACCUCAUACACAACGUGUGCCACCUGGUGUUCCUCCACACACUGAAGGGGGCGCCGUGGAUACCCCAAGAUCAAGGGGCCUGCCGCCAGUACACACAUUGGGAGCAGAUAGACGACGGGCAGCAGUUCACGACAACCAGGAAGUUCCUCUUCGUAGUCCCCGUAGUCCUGUUCAUCCUCACCAGUUACUACACGAGCUACGCGACAGGCCACUUCCUCGUCAACUUCCCGUCCAUGAUGGUGGUUGUCGUGCCGAAGCUGCCUCAGUUCCACGGUGUGCGGCUGUUUGGCAUCAACAAGUACUAGCGCGACUGCCCAAGACAAUUCGAGGGACGUUAUGCACGGCAUUGCAGUGCAGGAACCAAAAAUGAGCUAACAAUUAUUUUUAUUACGUUGGUAUUAUUAAAACAAGGGUUCCUAUUUCGUUAAGACACCCCACCGUUUGCAAGCAAGUUCACUGUGAUGCUGGUCGAGAAAAUGGCAUGGUCACCUUCAAGUGUAUGAAAUUAUAGUAAUCUAAGAAGUGCUAUGGUCAUUGCUGUUCUCGUGGGGUGCAACAAAAUUUUAAUUGUUUUUUUAAGCUUUUGCCUUAAAUGAAGUGAACAUUCCUGGAAUUAAGGUUGUGUUGAUACUUUGUUACUUGUGCAUUCACAUCAUUUCUUCCAACAAACCAUGAGUAAAUAGACACAAUGCAAGAGCCAACUGACAUGCAUCUUGUGUGUGGUGAAGUUGUUCUGAAGAGUUCUACAGGCACCACGCGAGCCAAAUAAACUUAACGUUAUGUUUGAUGGCUCAGUGUUUGGGAGAAGCGACACUAUCAAGAGAGCGCCGCAGUAGCAAGGAAAAAAAACUGUAACGCAUAUGUUGAGAUGAAUUCGCAAAAUUUAUUACUAGUGUCAUGUAUGUAAAAUUCUUAUCAUUACACACACUUUUGAAGAAUGAUUUAAAUCAUAAAUUUAUUGAAGCAGUAGGCAGGAAAGAAGUUACAAAGGUUGUGAAUUUGAUGGGUUACAUGUUCCUGAAUUUUACAUAACUUAUUUCUUGAUAUGUGAUCCCUUGAAAAGUUACAAAAAAUGUUCUAAUGGUGUUAUAGAAAAUGUAGUCAGUGUAGUAAAUGAUUUCCAGUAUUCAGAAGUACAUUAUGUAGAUUUCAUGACCUUAAUUUGUACACUAUAUGUCUUACAUACAAUGUAAACACCUCGACGCAGUAAAUUAAGUGUCAGACUGUCUGAGCUACAUACAGUAAACUGUUAUUUAACAGAAACUGUUCCUCUGUAUGGAUGAAUACAACUCGAUUCUGAUCCAUUUAUACCCUUAAUGUGAAAAUUUAAUUACAACUGAAAGCCAUGUUUACACAUCUCUAUUGAGUGAAAUAAAACAUUCUGAUGAUGCGAUUUUUACGCUUUUGUAGAUAACUAAAGAUAAGAUUGUAUGGUAGUCCAAUUUUGUUUUCCAAUCAGAAUAUUUUUUGUUGUUAUUUUUUUUUUAAUAUAAAUUCUGUUUUGUAAUACUUAUUCCAUUGCUGCAUUUUUAAGAUUAAAUAGUUUGUAUUAAGUUUGUUUAAAACAGAUACAUUCCGAACAAUAAUAAAAAAAAUUCAUUAACA